AUGGAUCGUUUCAGCUGGACUUCAUCUUCAAAUCUGUGUAUUUUGCAGGGUGAAUCUGGCAUUCACCAACAGUCUGGCGUUCGAAUAUACGAUGGAGACAAAAAGGUCAGGACUUAUUGCCUUAAAAAUGUAAACAAUUCAUAUUUUACCUCUACAUGUAGGGUCCGCGAUAGAACUAAUUACACCGUAAGUGUACUCACCUCGCCUUACAGCAGCAUUCGCCACGAAACAGAGACACCUGUUAUGUAGCUUUCAAGAGCAUUAUGUAUAAUAUUCAAAGUUAAAACAUAUGGAUGACUAUGGAAUAAUGUGUUCAAAACUGGUUUGUCGCAUUGGUGUCUUUUACCUAUAUACUAGUACAUACUUGGAUGCAAGUUAAGAUUUAAGCAAUAGAAAACGUUUUCCAUGUUAACAUAGCCUGAUAUAAACAUGAGACGGGCUGGGAGAAUUCGAGACGUCUCGAGUUUGCAUAAAUGUCGAGAAUUCUCCCAACCCCUCGCGAGUUUAUAUCAGGCUAUGCAAAUACAGGAAAGAAGUUUUCUUUUGAUUUUUUAAAUUAAAUUUCCCAAGAAAAAAUGCAAAACUCUUUGUCAUGGCACUUAUUAAAAGAGAGAUUCUUACUGGUCACAAAGUCUUGUAUACAAAGUCUUGCAUGCGUAAUCACUUUAUAUUUUGCAAUAAAGAUGUUUUCCAAAAUACUGAUUUUUGUCCCUUAAAAUGUCAGCUUAAGCAAAAAAAUUGACACAGCUUGUUUGUAAAGAGUUUCAGCUGAUGAUGGAAUGGGUGAAUAAAGCAAAGUUGUUGAGUUUUCCACUCAAAAACUUUUUAAAAUUCGUACUUGCAUGAUUAGCAUGUGAAAAGCAAAACAUCUUGACUCCACAACCAUGUUUACAUACUCUCAUGUAAACAGGCCUCUCGACCAAUCAGAGCAUGUGUACUAUCCUAGUUAAUACAUUGUCACAUGUCUUGCCGACAAACAACGCCAUGCUUGGCCCAGGCCACCACAUUGCUCGUACCAGUCUCCGACCGGGAGGAAACAUAAAUGGGCUUAGUGCCGUUUUUAGGUCUUCGUUUCAUUUUAGACAGAACGUUGUAGGAAAGUAAAACCUAAAAUAUUGCGGGAGUUUACGGAAGCACCGCUUGAAUUGAAUCGCCAUCUCCUUACCUUAAAGUAUAAAGAAACGUUGUUAAGAACUAUUCACUCAUGUACUUUUUCUAUUAGUGAUAGUUAUAUCCAUUUAUUAACCGCCCACUUUCCCUACAUCAACAACUGAUGAAGGAUUCAAAGUUUGGAUUAACCUUUUGGCUGAAUCUUCAUUCCCCGCACGUAAAUACUCACGUAUUUCCUUCAACUGAUUUGUAUCUGCCUCCAUUUUCGCGGCAAAUGAAAAGCACAUGGUGUUGAAGUGCGCCUGCGAUCCCAGUUUCGGAAGAAGCCACUGAAACAAUAUGGCGCGUCGUGAACGCAGUAUCGACGUUUCGAAAUACAUUCAAUUUUUUCGAUUAUCUUGUAGUAUUCAGACAUUAUUUUACUGGGGACAGAAAGGUGAGUUGGGAUACUAGCUACCGUAUCCGAUUGAUUUCCUAAUAUAAAGAUUUAAAAACAAAAGUUGUGUCGUGGUUUUCUUUAGCCAUCGGACAAAACGCGAGUCGCCAGCUGGCGACCAGUUCUGAAAAUUUAGUCGCCAGUCCUCAAUUUUUGGUCGCAUUGGCGACCAGUGAGUCGCAAUGUCGAGCCCUGUGCGUACUAUCCUAGUUAAUACAUUGUCACAUGUCGAGUAGCUAAUGGCUGCCACGCGUUUUUUCACUCCAGUUUUUAUUUGAAACUUUGUGUGUACUAAUGAUGGCCAAGUGGUUAGAUUCUAACGAAGAGAAGUAAGUCGCAAAGAAUGUCUGGUUAUUUUAAUGGCAAGAUCUCUGGCAACAAAGGAUUAUUUUCAUCGUGUUGGAGCCGUCUGGUAUUGCUUCGUAUGGGUGAGGAAGAAUAAAACAAUCAACAAUAAUUAUCAAUGCGGCUGUUCCGUGUUUUUCCACUUGUCGCUAUUACUGGGAGGAGAUAUUGAAGUGAACCCUGGUGAAGGGAAAUUUCCUUGUGGUAUAUGCUCAGAGCCUGUCAAGUCAAACCAAUUGGGGAUUCAGUGAGACAAGAGCAAGCAAUUGGUUCUAUGUGAGGCCUGGUUGUUGCAAUUUAUUGCAUUGAGAUGCAGUAACGAGAUCCCAGCAAACUCAUCCUGCUCCUGUAUUUGCUCUCUCUGCAAAUUGCCAAACGUUUCAGUCCUAUUCUUUGAAAAUUCACUGGAUUCACAAUGUGAUAGUCGUGGGCAAUUUUAAUGCCCUGAAUAUUUCAUGGGAUAAUCUCAAGGUCUCAGCCAACCUUUCUUUUCCUUCAAAGAAAUCAACUGAACUGACUCAUGAAUAUAACCUAGCGCAGUUCAUAAAAGAACCAACCAGGCAACAAGGCAACCUGAGUAACACCGUGGAUCUUGUUUUAUUUAAUCACCCUGACAUUAUUUGCAAUUUCAAUUGUAUAAUCAGGAAUCAGCAAUCAUGAUAUAUAGUGUUGUUUACACUGAAGCCAUCGUGCCAGAAAAAAUGGUAUGACAAGCGCAAAGUUUACAUCAGAAAGUGAUGAGCAUAUUAAAUUGGAAUUAAAAGCACAAUACUGCAAAGCUCAACACUCAGUAUGAUAACAAAAUUGGAAGCAAAGUGGAAUGCUUUUGGGAACAUUAUUGGCAGCAUAAUGGGCUCUUGCAUCCCGCAUAAAAUGACAAGCUCAAGAUACAACUUACCUUAGAUUGUCACCAAAGAGAGCGAUUAAAGCAGGGUGAAACAAAGAAUAUAUAACAAAGCACAGAAAACAGAAUCUGCACAUCACUGGAACAUGUUUUGUGCCACCUGGAAACGCAUGCACAAUAAUCUUAUGUCUGCAAAGGAGUAUAUCAGUGGCCACCAUAGCGAGGCAAUUAAGAAUGUUUUUGGUCCUACGUAAAACGCCUUAAGCAAGAAAAUCCAGGGACAGCAGGCUUUGUAGUUAAAGUUAUAAGUGACGGUAGUCUUCUUAAACAGCCAAUUUUCAAGUGUGUUAUUUACUAAAGAGCACCUUGAAAACAUUCCUGAAAUGGGCUCUGAUCGUUAGCCUGGCUUGGGUCAUUAAUUAUUUCAGAACAUGGCAUCUUGAAACAGCUGUCUUCAUUAAAACCCUAACAAGGCCUGUGGCCCAGACCUAAUUCCACCCUGGUUUCUCAACAUUUAUGCUGCAGAAAUAAUAAUUAUUUCUGCAGCAUAAUCGUUGGACCAAUUAUUGCUCCAAUACUAACAGACAUCUUUCAAGACUCGAUUGACAGUGGCAGUGUCCCCCGCAGGUGGUAAGAAGCUAAUGUGUGUGCAGUUUUAAAAAAGGAAAAGAAAUCUGACCCAGCCGACUAUAAACCUAUAUACCAGUAUCUCACUUGUGUUGCAUCGAAGAUUCUCCAGCAUAUUGCUCACAGCUUUAUUGUGAAACAUCUAAACAACUAUAAUAUCUUAACAGACUGUCAGCAUGGUUUUCCACGUGGUCAUUUUGGACUUUGCCAAAGGUCCCUCAUAAGCGACUCCUAAUGAAGCUGCAGUGCUACGGAAUCCAAGGUCUGCUCCUGAAUUGAGGGUAGAGUCUUUUCUUACACAAUGUUUUCAAUCAGUUGUUUGUGAAGGCCAAACGCCACGUCAAUGUCCAGUGACUUCUGGCAUACCCUGGGGUACAGUCCUUGGCCCAUUGCUCUUCUUAUUAUAUAACAACAACCUACCAGACAACGUGCAAUCAUCAGUCAUGUUUUUUGCGGACAAUGCCCUACUUUAUGGCAUUGUCGCAAGUGAUACGGUUUGUGACCUUCUCUAAUCUGACCUACACUGUAUGCAGGCUUGAAUCUUGGCAGUAUCAUUGGUAAAUUUAAUCCUUCCAAAUGCAAAAUUGUCACCAUCUUGCAUAAAAACAAUCCACCCCAGAGAAAAUAUGUCUUCUGAAGUGUGGAGUUGGAACAAGUUGGUAGUUUCCCAUACCUUGGGGUUACAAUUUGAACCAUCAGUAACAAGCUCAAGUGGUCAGCCCACAAAUCAUUCAAGGGUAUAAUACAAUGCAACCGUUGGAAUUACCCCCAGAAUGUGAGAGAAAUAGCAUAUACAUCCUUGGUACAGCCAAAACUAGAAUACGCAAGUUCGGCUAGGAACCAGUUUUCAAAAAAAGAUAUCAGUGCACUGAAAAGGAUUCAACACAAAGCAGCACGAUAGUCGAUUCUGCUAACAGAAUUACUAUAGGUAUGCAAGUUUUACAGACAUGAUUGAAGACUUGAAGUGGGAUACGCUGGAAAUGAGAAGAAGACGGUUUAGGUUAACACUUAUGUAUAAACUAACUCAUGGUCCUAUUGAUAUAGAUAGCCAAAAAUAUUUCAUUCAACACUCCGAGAGUCACAUGAGGGGAAGCCAUCAAUUUAAAUUUAACGUGCCCUAUGCAAAUAAGGAUAUUUUUAAAUUUUCGUAUUUUCUGAGAACUGUGGUUGACUGGAACUGCCUCCCCGAGGCCAUUGUAUCAUCAAGUUCAUUACUCAGAGUCUUUUAAAUCUAAUUUAUCAGAUUUUCUUUUUAAUAAGUAAGAGGUAUAUAGUUCUCUUUAUUUAAUUUUACAUUAUUAUUUUGUAUUAUUUUAUUUUUGGUGUGAUGUCUUCGUAAUUUUUACUGACCUAAUGGAUGUAGAUGUAGAUUUAGAUGUAGAUAUUAUUCUAUAAAAUAACAUAAUAAAUUAUAUAUAUUUGUUAAUGAUGGAUAUUACCAGUAUAGUUUGCUAGUGAGGUAUCAAGUUAGUAUCUGUGUAAGUUAGCCUCACACUUGGGUCUAAUUUAUUGUACAGUUAGCUAUCUUCAGAACUUAGGGGUGGUGUCUUAUGUUGUUUUUUGAAGGCCGGGUAAAAUUGUAUAGAAAUGAUCUGAAGGAAACAAAAAUUACUUUGAGUUAGCGUGAUUGAGGUUCAAGUUACCAACACGGCUUUAACCAAGGCAAGUCGUCUCUCUCUAAUCUUUUGGAAACAGUGCAUGAGUUCAAUGCCAUUUUAGAGAAUGGGGAAGUAGUAGACCUAGUCUACUAGGACUUUCAGAAAGUGUUCAACAAAGUUCUACCUGAGCAACUCCUGUUGAAGUUAAAAGCACCUGGGAUAACCAGCCAAUGCAACAAUGUUAUUCAGAAUUUUAUUACUGGAGGUAGAACAAUGGCAGUCCGUGUAGGAGAUGAAUUAUCCACAUGGGAACCUGUACUAUCUGGAGUGCCUCAGGGUUCUGUUUUAGUGCCCCUGCUGUUUCUUUUAUUUAUUAACAAUAUGCCUGCUAUCACAACGAAUAUAACCACGCUAUUUACUGACAUCUCAAAGCUAAUAGGGAAUGCACAAUCAACUGCAACCAUUUAGUUGGACUUACAUGGGCUAACAUGUGGCAAAUGAAAUUUAAUGAAUCUAAGUGCAGCAUUUUGCAUUUUGGUAAAGACAACCCUAAGAAUGACUACAUGAUGGGUAAGUAGUUGAAAAGGAAAGAGAUCUGGGAGUGGUUUUUUCAGCUGGUGAUACCCUUUGUUGGGAGGAACGAAUACGAGGAAUGACUGGAAAGGCAAAACAAAUGACACCUUGGAUCAUUAGGAAUAUACCAUUUUACAAAGCUUUUGUCAGACCCCAUAUGGGAUACACAGUGCAGGUGUGGGCCCCAACCGCGCACAAGACACGGAAACUGGGGUAUUAUAAUGGCAAUUGAAAACUGCCGAAGACAGUUUUAAACCAGGAUAAUUGAGGGCAUGGGCCUACUCCCUUAUCAUCAAGGGUUACAGCAUCUCAGAUUAAUGACUUUACUGGAACAACGAAUGCGUGGUGACUUAAUCAAGACUUAACAUCUUAUCCUCCUUCAGGUCCUCGAAGCUGAUUUAAACUUGCUUUUGCUACGGAGAGGGAAUUUGUUGAUGUUUUAUGCUCUAUGGCCUCUGGUGUUAACAGUCCCCCAUUGGAUGUUGGAUUUUCCUGCAAAUGGUGUGAAUCCGAGGAAUCUGAAAAUUUUUUAGCAUGUCAGGUUCAAACUUGUCGCCAUUAAUUUUGCAAACAUUUUUGAAAAACUUUGUCAAAGUGGUCAAGGUCACCAGCAGGUAAAUCCAAAACUUUUUCAUUUCCCUUGUUUACUGAAGAUAAAUAAUGCUGAAAUGUUUUCAUGUCACUGAAAGUUUUCCUGGUCGUGUUUUCACUUUUUUGCUUGUUUACAGAACUCUCAAUUUCCUCUCGGCCGUUUUCAUAAACUUGUUCAUAACCAGAUAACGCUGUGUCUUCACUGUUUUCCUUAUGAGAUUCAUGAAGCUCAUCAGGGUAAUGGAACUCGCUAUCCGAGUGUUCAUCCUCACUCAUUGUAUUUGUCAAAAAUUAACUUAAGAAAUGAAACAAGUGCAGCCUUUUGAUGAACUUUGGUUUGUUUUGCUAAUUUGCAUAAUCCGUAAUGGCCCAUGAGCAUUACGGGAAACUAAUGCCCUAGCAGCUAGCCAAUCAGAGCGCACUUUUUAUCAGCUACAAGCACUAGCCAUAUAAAAAUACAGCUUUAAACAUCGAACUCGUAAUCUUAAGGUCACUUCUCAUCAUCCAUUAAGAUCAGCACAUGACGUCUUUAACAACAGAGUUAUUAAAUACUGGAACCAGCUGCCACUACGCGUGCGAAAUCAACAAGUAUCAACGCCAUUAAGGCUGGUCUUGACCUCUUUAAGUUAUCUAAACCUGAUUCGCCUAAUGCAUUGCGGAAAUUAUUGGAAGAAAUCUUUAAUAGAAUAAGGGAUAAAAGUGCAGAACACGUCAAUAUUAUUAUUUACUAGCCAAUUACGAUGUUGCCAUGUGGCAAAAUAUCUUGUUUUAAUAAUUAAUUUUGUCAUUCUCUGCUUUUAGUAUCUUUCUGAUUUUAAUACUCUUUAUAAUAAUACAUUUUUUAUUUUUAUCAUUUAUUCAUAAUAAUUUGUAAAUAGAUUUUGUAAAUAGAGAUAUCCUGAAGUGAUAUAAUAAAGUUAUCCUAUCUUAUCUUACAUGCCUUGGAAUGAAAAAAUAAAAUAAUCGAAAUUAACUGACUCAAAAGAAAAAUAAGAGACUGCUUGCAGGGAAGAGGCAAUCAUGACUUUGUUUCCUAAUAACCUUAAUGAUUCAUUAUCAUAUAAAUACUCAAAUUGAUUUUUAACUUUACUCUUCAGACAACAUUUGAAAAUGGAAAUUUAAAGCUCACUACACACAGAAUAGUUUGGGAUGAUUUAGAUCAGCAGGUAAGUAUUAAAUUAAUCUAAGAUUUAUGUCAACAUUUUACCUGUUAACACUGUAACAAUGUAAGGAUAGUUUUGACAAAUAGUGCUGACACUUCCACAGUUUCUGUUUUAACUUUUUUUAUCUUUUUAGUAAAAAAAAAUACUGUUAACAUAAUUUCACCUCACAGCUGUCGUUACUUUUCAAAACUAGAAUUAAGAAAGAAGAAGGCUAGGAUCAUGCUAUUAUUGUUCAAUAUGUUAUUUUUUGUUUGUUUAUAGGAUAGAGCCAUAUCAGUCCCACUGCCUCUUGUGAGUAAUGUAGAAGAACAAUCUGGCGGUUUUAUGAGCAGGUUUGUUUAAGAGAAUGUGUAUUUCAAGAAGUAACCAAUAACAAUUAUUAGAAAUAGACUGUGAAAGGUCAGUUGGUGUAAUAAAACCUCCUUUUCUACUCUUCUAGAGUCACACUCUUGUUAACAUGAAAACUUUUCGAUUUUUGAGACCAUUAUUAUGAUCAUGCGUAUGCCUUUUGCUGACCCUACCUAAAAUGUCUGUGUUUUGGAUUCUAGUCAAAGGGAUGGCCCUUCAUGAAAUUAUGUUAAACAAUUAUUCCUCAAGCCAAGAUGGGCUCUGAGUUUGUAAAAUCCAACUAGUAAAAUAUCGAGACAAAACAACUUUAGCUAGCAAAAUGCGAUUUAGCUGCUACAAUGUUUUGGUUUUCAAAGCCGGCGCUUUUCAUUACUAGUGGGCUAUAACAAAUAGCCUAGUAGUAGCUGAACCAAUCAGAAUGCAGCAUUGAUAAUAGACCACUAGUUGGAUUUUACUAAAAGUCAAAUGCUAUUAUGCAACACCUUUAAUAGCUAGUAGUUUUCAAGGUGAAUGGGGGCAGCUGUACACAGGCUAGGAGAUCGCAAAUUAAAGUAAUCCUAUUUCUUGUUUAAAAGUUAUUUUGGCCAGGAUAUAAAAUUAAUAACUCUUCAGAGAGGCCCUGCCCGAUGGGGGGGUCACAUGUCGCUCAUCUGAAUUUUAAAAUGUCUCGUUUCGGUGAUUAUAAAUGGAAAUUGAACAAAAAUUCUUUGUCUUUGUUGGAAUUUUAGAAAAGGGGAUGGAGAUGCAUUACAGUUCUGCAAUUUCUCAAUUAACAUGUUGCAUCUAUACAUCGCCAUUCACAAUUGAGUGAUCCACAUUCAACAUUUUGAGACUAAAGGUGGAUUUCCAGAGUCAUGUAACUGGCCACAUGCAUGACAACUGUUGUCAUGCAAGUGGCUUGAUUUUGUAAAUGAUAUGAAGUUCAGGAAGUGUUCAGGAUGAGUAUACUUGUCUGAUGAUCAUGUUCACUGAUGUGGGAGUUUAAGUAUCAGAAAUUAAAAUUGUUUAUUAAUGGAGUGUGUAGUGACUACAUGUAAAGGAAGUUCAAGGAUUGAGUACCACAUCAAGUGACUCACUUGUUUACUUGAAUAAGUGUUGCAGUGCUUGUUCAAAUUUUCAAGCCUCAAGUGUGGCACUUGUGGGAGAGGGACACCACAAUAAUAUUAUAGUAUUAAUGACUAUUGUAUUAACUACAGUAUUAUAUUAUUGUUUUCCAUAAUAAACUAAGAGAAUUUAAGUCUUUUGAUUUGGAUUACAUUAGGGCCAUGAUGCUUAUUCGGGGGGGGAGGGGGGGGGUUGUGCACUUAUUCAAGGGAGGCCCUUAAUUGGGGGCGGUACUUAAUCAAAUAAGUAUGGUAAUUGACACUCUUUUAUAGUCAGGCUCUCAACAAGAGAGAGCUGAUUUCUUUUUAAAAAACCUGCUGUUCAGGAGAGUAAUAAGUAGCUAUUAAUACAAGUUAUUUAGGUACAACUAUCGCAGGACUUGAUUUUUUGUAUAAGUAUUUCUCCUUGCUUUAAUGUUGCUGGUAUUUUGUUAUAGUGCAAAGGUGAUUGUCAGCUUUCACCCACCACCAAAAGACAAAGACCCUGGACCAUGUGUCUCAAGCCCAUACACCUGUGUCAAGUUCUCUUUUAAACAAGGUGGUCAUUCUCAGGUAUGAAAGUUCGAAGUGUAAAAAUAAUUAUUGAAUGGUCCUGUAUGAAUGAAGUUUCUGGUCAAAUUUUCUGCUGCCUGAAAAUUCAUGUGGUGCCUUGUGAACUUAGCCUACAUGUAAAUCAUAUUGACUUAGUAUGCUUUUCUCCCACUACAUGUACAUACAUGUAUAACAUAUAUAAAUCAUGUUCAUGUCAACUACAAGUUUUAACACUUAUGAUUAAGUCAAACCUGAGCUGUUUUUCAGGGAACCUUUUUUAAAAAUGUUGGGUAAGUAGUUUAAACUACUUACAUUAAGUUGUUAAUACCAUGGUGGGGGCAAUUAUUGAUUGUCAUAUACCAGUAAUGUCGUUUUAAAUAAAAAUUAUUAUAGUUAUACUACUACAUGAGAAAUUUCUGGAAUUUGAUUGGCCUAGAGCUGUGGUAUUUCAGCUUAAUUUAAAAUACCUACUUGUGAGAAUUAAAACCUUUUGCCGGUAGUAGUAUAAACAAAUAAUAGCAUGAUUUGUAUGUGAUAUUUGGCAUAAAUACCACUUGUGAUAUUUCAAAAUUGUCUCAAAUUUCACAAGCCGUUAGGCAAGCAAAAUUUCGUAUAACAAUUUCGAAAUGUCACUUGUGGUAUUAAUGCCAAAUAUCACUACAAAUCAUACUAUUACGUAUACAAAGUCAUGAUUGCUAGAUGAAACAAAUAAAUAAUGCUCUUCCAUGCCAAAAUCUACCUCUUUACAUUCAGUGCUGUUUGUUUUUUAUCUUCCUCUUCGUAGAGAUUAAUACUGAUUUAUGAAAUAGAAUUAUUUCAUAAUUCUAACCAGCCUUGUUUUGCUGUUGACAGUUUUUUGCAAAGUUGCAAGAGCAGUUUAAAAAGAAAUCAUGGUUGCAGCAAACCACACAUUCUUCCUCCACAGGAGCUACAGGAAAAAUGCUGGCAAGUAUAUAUAUAUACUAUUAAAUUGAAUGCAUUUAAUAACUCCUUUUAUUCUGUUUCCCUCAUUCAAUGUUUUAUUUAUUGUUUUCUUCUUUUUCUUAGAAUCGGCCAAGGGGAGUUGGUGGAAUAGUUGGAAUUGAGAGGAAACUGGAGCAGAAGUCUAAAGAGACUGAUGACUAUAUUCAAAAGGUAUAGUACACAGUAUUAGGAACUCAAAAAAUGACUUUUUUAAUGGCCUUUUCUAACAGUUCUUCAUUUUUUUCAUUUCAGGCAUUUAAAGAUUUAGAUGCUCUUAUGGAAAAGGUAUUUGAUUCCAAGCAGGGUAUUUUAAGGUGAUUCCCUAGUAAAAGAACCUAACAUAGAUUGUAGAUGAAACUUGGUACACUGAUGUAACAAGUCAAGAAGAUGAUAAAAAGGUAAUAAAAAGUGGGGGUCACCGUGCUCAUUUUGACGUCACAAUGCUGACAAAUACGGCUAUUUUGGACCCUUUGACAAAAACCGCGCACAGCCCAAAACUAGACAAAAAGGAAAGAUUUUUUCAAUGAUGCAUGUGGUAUCGCACAGAAUUUGACUUUAAUGUAUUCUUUAUCCACUUAAGUACUAGAAAAAUGCCUUUUAAUGCCCUUGUUUUUACUUUACGCUCCAAAGUAGAAUUAAAUUGGACACGCCCUAUUCGACACGUGAUAACUCAAUCCGUACAAUUUAGUAAAAUUGCCAAAAAACUGAACAUAGAUUUGCGCCAAUUUUUUUCUCACCGAAAGGAAGCACUGUCCUUAUUAAAAUCAUGAAAUAAAAAAUGGGGGUCACCGUACUCAUUUUUGCGGUGGAGCUGCAGAAAGUGCGCACCAAAUGCAUUUUCCUUGAUUUUUGAGAGAGGACUGGGGCGAGUUUCAAAAUAAAAUGUAUGCGAAAGGGAGAAGAAAGUAUUAAAAAAUCCGUUUUUACAGAAUUUACAUCGAGAUAUCACAUUUAGGACACAAAGUGAUAAAGAAAGCGUUUAAAUGAAAAUCAAAGUGAAUAAGCACAAAUUAAACAUCCACUAUCGAGGUUCUCCGGGAAGAAGUCGAACUCAGCAACACGCGUACUGCUCACGUGAUGCACAUUCCCACCACAUUGAGUCUCACCUCGGCAAGAAACAACCGCAAGCAAAAAUUGCAAUAGCGUUUCUCUUCGGUCGACUUCAUUUUAAUAAUGUUACUUCACAUGCUCUUUUUUACGGAGGCCAUCUUGUUAUGCGCAGUAAGAGAUGCGCAGUGCAAAACCAGGGAAUCACCUUAAAGCAACAUUUCACAACAUUUUAGAUUCACUGCCCCAAAUUAAUGCAAUAGUGUGUACAGAGUCUUUAGAAAACAUACAUGCAUGCAGGCUAUAUGAAUCUCAUAAAUUUAAAUUAAUCUUUGUACUUUAUUUCCUCAUCCUCACAAUAUGCAUUAAACCACCAGCCAUGCAAAGCCAAGGGUAACCUAGGUAAUGGGUUACGUAUGCAAGCAAAGGGAAUUACAUCGUGAUAGAACUAUGAAGGAUAUGGCAUAGUGGUAGGAAAUUCAAAGUCGUUUUGGGGGGAGAAGGUGGUUGACCUUGGUCAUUGUGCUUAAAAAACCAUCCAUACUGGAUGCAGGAACAUUCCCUUUAGGAAAAAGGGAAGUCAGUUGGAGCAGGUGUUGGUUGGAUGGCUUCUUAGAGUGGCAAUUACUUCAGGUAUCUUUCGUGGGAUCACACAAGGUGGGUGUUGAGUGGCAGAAGAAACAGCAGGUUCCUCUUGAAUACUCUUGUGAGCAUCGGGACCAGUGGCGACAUGUCAGUUUAUGUCUGUGGUCUAGAACAUGAUAAAACUAAGAAAGCUUACUUCAAUAGGACUUAAAAUGUACCUGCGAAAUGGUAAACUUCCGUACACUAAUUGCACCACGAGAUAUCAACAGAAACAACAAGACAUUGAUCUUGGGCAUUAUCCAUGAGUUGGUGCACUGAUUAUGCAACCACAUUUCCCAAGCAGAUAAGCCUUUGUUACAGAUGUUGGUAUUGAGGUUAGUGAUGGUGAGAUUGGGCUUCCUUCUGGACAAAAUAUUAAUUAUGUUAAAAGAUCUCAUCACCAAGUUCGGCAGUUUGCUUCAGCAACAAGGUUUUUGUUUGGGUUUUGAUACAACUGACAUCUACAACAAUAGCAUACUGAUGAAGGGUUCCAUUGAUGGACAAUGAAGUAAAGUUUGUAGGGGCAUAAUAAUGGCAGGGGGACCUGCCAGAGGACACAGCUCAAGGCAGAGUGGGAGGAAAAUAUACAAAAUAAUAGACUCACAGCACUCUUCAUCCUUUAGACAGGUGGUAGUGUAGGACAUGAAGUCUUGCAAAUGAAUCAGUGGAUGAUCUCUUGAUUGGACCAAUAGUAGGGAAUUUUAAUUUUGGACUAUUCAGAAUGUACGUCAUGAGCCAUACAGCCAGAUCCUCUGUGUCUGAUACAAGUGAAGGUACUUAACGGUCAUCAAGGGCUGGAGCACUGCAAUAAGUCAAAUGCCAAGAUAGUAGGGCCAGCUUGGUGGAGCAACAAGACCUGUUAACGACGUAACAUUGAACAUAAUGAAUUCUCACAAUGGCUUGAAGAGAAUUGACUACAGUAAACUCUUUCAAAGGCCUAGAUAAACAACUUACUGUCAGCCACAACAUAAGGUUAAGGGUGUAUAAAAGGCCUAGGGAAUUUCCCUGGGGACCGUAAAGGACCAAUAGACUGCUUCCCGAGGGAGCACGCAGUAAUCUAGUUGAUUAAAUCGUCACGCGGCGGCUUUUGUACGAAUGAGAAUAGUUUCUCUAUUUCACAUGGCAACUAGGAGGGGUGGUGGAAAGUGUAACUUUUGCUAGCAGAGAAUAAAAAGAGUGGCAACAAGGCCACUCUUCUUGGGGCACGGACCCAUCAUUCACGGGUUUGGGGAAGGUGAUGAAUGCUAAGAGGUUAUCAGACCAUGUGACUGUAUCCUGAGAUUGACAACCAGCAGUAAGCAGUCUUUGGGGUUCACCGAACAGCAGAAUCGCCAUGAGAUGUGGUGUAGCACAUCUUUGGACCAUUCCAGCUGUAGAAAGCAGUGGAGACAGGACAAACAAUGGACAAUGCACCAACCUAGAGCAGAACGAACUUUCUGCCAGUUUGCAAAGACCUCUUGAGGAGAGUUACCACCACAAUUUAAGUCCUCAGCUAUCUGGAUUAUCUUUAAAGGAGAUAACUCAAGAUCCAGAUCAGUCUUGUGAAGGGUUUGUGAACAUCCAUAUGGCGUAAUGUGAGUCCCGACGAUAAAGAACUUGUGUUUAUGAGGGUGGGCAGGAUUGUCAUUGGAAGCCAUGAAUGGGAGUCCAGUGAAUAUGUCUAAAUCAAGAUCUUGGACAAUGAGAGCGUUAAUUCAAAAUUGUGAGGGGUCCUUGAUGGCAGAUCAGAGGGAUAAUGGCGUGUUGGCAACUAUGGACAUGGGCUUGCACAGCAAUCUGGCAGCAGCAACUACUGGAGUGUACAUUGAGCUCCUUGGGGGAUCACAACUUCUAGAAACCACUGUGGAAAGUUGCUCAAACAAGCUUUCUUUAAAACUAAUGAGUUUUAAGUACCUUUACUCUGCUUACUUCUCAGUUAGAACUGGCCACACCCAAAGCCAAAAGUGGUGAGCCUCCAUAGUAUGCCCAUCAAAUCUUUACUACAACUGAAGAAAUCAUCACCAGCUCUGAAUUCUUUGGUUGAUUCUUUGCAACAAUAAUUAUUAUUGUCUUCCACCUUCUUUUUUUCAAGGCAAAAGAAAUGGUUGCUAUGGCAGACAAAGUGGCUUCUAAACUUGAAGAGAAGAAAGGAUCAUUCACAGAAGAUGAGGUAAUGAAGCAUCUUUCUUUCUCUCCUUUUCAUUGAUGUCAUCCAUUUAAAACUAAUGGUUAUUUUGGUUGUUAUAACAUGGUGGAAUGCAGGGUGGGAGUGGCUGAGGGAGCUUUGUAUUGUAUUCUUUAAGACUUUAAGUCUCUAGCAUCCCCUGGUGCUUGGAAUAUGUUUCACCAUCCCAAGAAGAGCAAUUUUUUGUUUAAGGUGGUUCCCUGUCAAACUUCAUAGUAACGGUAAAAUGCAUUGCAUAUUUCAGACAGUGAUGUUCAAGUCUUACCUGCUAAGCAUGGGCAUAGCUAAUCCUGUGACAAGGUAAUAAUUAUGUUCAAGUUUAAGGUGUUAAAUGAAUUAGGAUGUUGCUCAAUGUACAUCUAAAGAGUAGUGAUGGGAACAAUCCCCCUCCCCCACCCCAAUGAUAAUUUUGUUCCUGUGGUGCUGGACACAUACAUACCCAGUUUUAUCCAUGGCUGCACUUCUGUAUCAUAAUUAUUUUUGAUAUAAUGAUUUAUUUAAUUUAUUUAAUAAUAUUGAUAAUUUUUAUUGGUCUCAUCCCAGUUGUUCAAAAGAUGGAUAGUGUAUAUUGCCGUAUAUCCAUCAGCGUUAGGGGAACCUUGCCUAGUCCCUGUUCGGCGUUUUCCCAGUCCCUGUCGGUCAAUUCGCUUCGGUGACUUAUCCGAGGCGAACGGGCGGGGAACACAUUUUCGCAUGGACCACGUGACCCGAAACGCUUUGGCCGCCAGGAAAAAUGAGGCCUAGGGACUAGGCAAAGGGGAACCAUUGCGUUAUCCACUAAAUAAAACUAUUCCAUCUUUUGAACAACUAGGGCCCUUUAUACAUAGAAAUACGUUAUACUCACACCUCACCAGAACCGGGAAAAUCUAGAUGUUAAAGUUUUUGUCGUAAUAUAGGUGUCUCGAUAUUUUUGACCAACUAGUUGGAUUUUACUAAAACAAUUAUUCCUCCAUCCUUAAUGGCCUCUGAGUCAAUAGCCUAUGAGGCCUUUCUAUUGACUCAGAGCUCAUUCAGGCUCGAGGAAUAAUUGUUAAUGAAUAUAAAUCAUAAAUGCCGGUAUCUUUUUGUGCGUUGUUUUAAAUAAACUGAAAUAAAAAAUUGCUUUCCAUGAACACUACCUCAACACAUUGUUGCUUUGUUUUAUUGGUGUUUUUUUGUAUGUCAGGGAGACACAUGGCUCGAGUGCCAGCUAUCACAAAGAACUGGCCAAAGAGCUUGGUACGUUCUUAGAGAAGAUCAUCAAGGUACGUAUUCAGUAGUUAUAUGAGGGCUCCGGUUUGGUCUGGUCUGGUCUGGCCAGUCCGGGACGAGUAGGAUUUGUUAGAAGCUUACUUGCCUGAUGGGCAAGCCGGGGUCCAGGCAACUUAGCUAAGACAAGCAAUAGUUGCCGCCCACUCCCCUCCCCGGGUAAGCAAAAUGUGACAGCUGCUUGCCUGAAGGACGUGCUGGAAUUAAUUUUUUUCGUGCCCUGAGUUAUAUUGCACACCUGAUCCUGUAUCAGCUGUACGUGUACAGUAAAGAGGGGGUGAUUUGGGCAUUUUGUUUAGCAGAUUAAGGGUUUGUGAAUCACUACUUCGGUCUACUUAGGGAGUUGAACGUACUCCUAACGUUUAGUAUUUUAAAAACGUUUCUCAUGGAGGUGAAAAAACCACCACAUCUGAAUGGGUCCUUUACUAUGGUUAUAAGAAUAAGGCGUUUGAUAAGAGUGUUCUUAUAAGGACUUUAAACUUUGACUGGAACUCAGAGUUUACACUCGAUGCAGGUCGUUAAAAGUAAAUCCAAGCCGCGCACUGAAAUGUUGUGAAGGGCCAAACUGAGCUCUUGCGACGCAGCUGUCGAAAGUUCAAGCUAAAGAUUAGAACAACGCAUAAAUUACUCAUUGAAGUAUUCAAUUUUUUCAGUUGAUGAGAAAAUGUUCUUUUGUGAUGACUGUACAAUUGAUGUGUAUAUGACAUAGCCUGGAAAUAUAGGAGAGCUAAGUCGUUUGCAAACAAAUACCCUUUAUUUACCAGAUAAAGGAAAGGAUUCUGCUAUUUGAUAUUUGUCACUACAUAUUGAACUUAAUAUAGGAAGAAUUUAAAAAUCUAGCAGAAUCUAAUUACUUGUGCAUGUUGGCAUUUUAAGGAGGAAGGGGGCAUGAUGACUUUGAGUGAUGUAUACUGCAGAUUCAACAGAGCAAGAGGAAUGGAGGUUUGUGAUAAAUCUGAGAAAAUGCUUUGAAGCCUGCGCUGGAACGCAGUGAAGGACUCGCUGCAUAACAGGCGACGAGGAGGUUUCUUUUCUUCCAUAUCCUGUCGUGGCUGAUAGCCAUGAAUGAAGUUCACUGCACUUGACUGCACUGCGGCAAAACAUGACAAAACCGCCAGCUUCAGUAUGCAGGCUAAGCCAGCUGUGAGGAGACAUCCGUUAGCAUUUCUAAUACGUUUGAUCGCCAUCCCAGGGGGGCCUAGAGUCAAACCAGGAUCGUGCUCUUGUCGUAGAUUUUUGGCUUCGUCAGUGAGAUUUAGACCUGUACCUCCCUCUGCUAAAAUGGUGAAGUCAAAAAAGAAGGAAUCGAAUUUUAGAUAAUAAUAAUAAUAAUAAUAAUAAUAAUAAUAAUAAUAAUAAUAAUAAUUUAAUAAAAUCUGAAUCUUUUAUUGAUAAGAAAACUAACUACAAAAUCCGACCUAUUUACAAUUAAAUUUUGCUUAAAGAAAAAACUAUCCAGUACAAGUACUAUUUACAAUUCAUUUCAAUUAAAAAAACCCACAUAGUUCAAUAAUAAUAAUAAUAAUAAUAAUAAAAAACAUCCGCCGGGAGAGUAAGCAAGCGAGGGUUGGUUUGUCUAAUUCGUGGUGUUUUUUUAUUGCAGCUGGUUUCUCCUGAUGAUUUAGUGAAUGCAGCCAAACUGUUUUCAUCAGUGAAGAUACCAUUAAGGUAAGCCACUGUCCUCCUACGUAAUGGCAUCGAAGUCAUCAGGUUUCUCUGCCUUACUUCCUGUGUUGUUGUCGGUUAUUAACCCCUUAGUACUUUAUGUGUUUUCUCGGCCUUCUAGAUUCAGAGCUUUCGAAAGUGGUGUGUUAGUUGUUCAAGCGUUGUCUCAUAGUGAUGAAGAAGUUAUACGAACCACUAAACAAAUUGUAAGUAAAUGUUCUCACGUAUUCAUCAUUCCCACACUCCUGAUAGCCAAUCCUGAGCUUUCGUGUGGCGUUUCAUGUAAUUAAGUUAUUGCUAUGUUAUCGAUGAUAAUUUUAUUAACAGAUGUGCAGGAUUUGCAAAGGACGUCGUCUAUUUAAGACCCUUACCUAAAUGAAAGUCUACAGAGUUUCAUGUAAUUGCAAAAUGUUUGUAACAAGUACCAAUUCCAGUUGCCGUUUUUCUCUUAGCUCGAUGAAAAACAUUCAGUUACCGCAGAAGAACUGGCCCGUUUGAUCAAUAUAUCGGUCAUGUUAGCAAAAGAAAGGUGAGCACUCGUUUUACUGAAAUAUCAAAAUUUUAAAUUAAUUAUUAACAGUUGUAGCUACUAUUGCUAACUGCCAACCAAGGAAAAAGAAUCCGAUUUAAAUGUGAAGUCUUUGCAUCUGUACGGUGUAGGUCGCACGUGUCAAGAAAUUCGUCUACUUAAGGCCUGUUUACAUGGAGUGGGGGACCCCCGUCUAGUAGGGUAGGUUUCUUUUGUUUUCACGCUGUGGCGGACACAAAACAAAAGAAACCUUCCCCACUAGACCGGGGUCCCCCACCUCCAUGUAAACAAGGUCUAAUACUCGAGUUGUCACAAAGGUGGCACACUGGCCAAUGAGCACUUGGUUCACUUUAUGAGGUUACUAAGCUUCUGAUUUUGAACGCGCUGGUUCAAAUAUAAACCGUCUAAACUGUGGCACGCUAGCCAGUUUAACUACGAGUUUUUUUCAGCUUUGUUACUGAAACAAACAUCUUUUAUUGUUUAUUGUUUUGUUUGCCAUAAGUUAUACAAAGCAAAAAAAAAAAAAGAUGAUGAAAGAUGAUGUUGAAAGAUAGCCUCAAUGCACAUAACAUUGGAAGUGACUCAGUGUAAACUAAUGUGGCUACGUAUCAACAAGAACAAACUACUCGUAAGGUGAAGUUGGCUUGAUUAUCGCAUCCAAUAGAGGUAGUUAAUGGUGGACACGGCUCGUUCUUUUGGAUUGAGUCUUUCAUGGACUAAUUUGAAAAUUCUCUUAAGCGCAAGGAGAGGUCCAUCCUCAGAGACCGAGAGUCAGUUGUUUGGGACGAAGUAUGAAGGGACCGGCGAAGUAAUUAUUUGCCCCUGGUCUCUUUAGGGCACAAGAGGGACUGCUCAGGGACUUGUACAAAUGGAGAGUACAUGUAGAAAAAGCAGUUGCCUCUAGGCUGUUCACAGUCCUCUAUUUUUCCGUAAGAUCAUCGAGAUCGAGCGCUUUGCGUUACGGGCUGCCACCUUGCACGAGUGUUAAAACUACUUAGCCAAGAGCUAUAAUCCCCGACGCCCGCACCCUCGGUACAUUUGAAAAUCAAGAUAGCCGUGACGGUAAGAACGAUCUCACGAAAAAAUAGGGGAGUGUGAACAGUCUACGUUGCCUCUCAUUGAUUAAUGCAAUGUAGGUGCAAAAGAAGAAUCGGUAAAAGUAAUAAAAAUAGGCAAUAUCCAAUGUCUUCCAGGAAGCAAGCGACAGGCCAGCUGAGUUUCAAAUUCAGUAUUAAGGUUCAUACUUGGUUCCGAGAAGGGGAAUAAAACAAAAGAAAUGCAACUGAGAUUCAAGGGUGACUAGUUCAUUACUUUUGCUUUACUCCCCCCAUCCCCGGAGGCAGAUAUGCCUUCAAUAUUUUCUGCAAAUCGGUUACUGGGUCGACGUGUCCAGUUUAAGAAUGCUUUUAGUGUAGUGUCAGCUUUUUCACAGAAAAGGCCUUUUUUGUUUAAGGUAUUGUUUCUCUAUUAACAAAGUUUCUAUCUCGUGGCAGGCUUUUAGUUACGGAACAAGCUGGCAAGGCAUGUCGGGAUGACAGCGUGGAGGGACUACGUUUUUACCCAAACCUGUUUCUCGACAGAAGAGAUUGAUAAAACACUCAAGAAAGAUGGAAAUGAGAACAUUAUAGUAAUGAGAUGGGCGCGCAUCCUUUCAAUGUGCGACAACUAGAAAAAUACGCCAUGAGCACGUCAUGGAAAAACCAAAUAGCUUUUAAAAUACGCCUGCGCUUGAGGGAAGCGAGACGUUUUGUAAUUCACUUUUCUUGGUGAAUAAAGGAGUAACCUACUCAGUAUCGUUUCGUGUCUCUCUUGUUCUUGUUCAGUGCGGGGCAAUCCAAGUCAUUC